CCCCCUCAGAUUCCAGCUCUGGGGCAGGGAGGUGUCCUGCAGGAGCUGGUGCUCGCAGAGGGGCAGCCCCCAGCGCCUGGGAUCAGCGAGGAGCAGCGCCAGGCCCAGGAGGAGUGGGAGGCUCUGGAAGAGAUCCAGUCAGGGUUGGGGGGCACCUCGGGCGCGGCCCCCCCUCCGAUUUCCUUCACUGAGGCGCUGCAGCACUUCCAGAGCGCGGAGCUCCCUUCGAGCCGGGGCACGGCCCGGGCCCCGGGGCGCCGCGGCAUCCUGGCUGCCCUGCUGCGCUGCCUCCGCGGGCCGCCCCGGCUCCGCCCGCAGCUCCGCGGGGAGCAGGAGCUGGCGCUGGCCAUGGCACAGUGUGCCCUGGAUGACUCGGAGCGGGUGCACAUGCGGAUCCUGCAGACCAUCUACCGGCAGCUGACGCGCUCCAGGCUGGGCUGCCCGCGCUACGGGGCACACUGGGAGGAGCUGGGCUUCCAGGCUCCCUCGGGCACUCGUGCUCCAGAGCCAGCCCCACUGGCCUCCCUUGGGCAUGUUUCAGCACCUCAGUGUCCUUCUUGGACCCAAAAAUGCCUCCCAGGUGCGGAUCCUGGCACUGACCUGCGUGGGACAGGAAUGCUGGGGCUGAUGCAGAUCCUGUUCUUUGUCCUGGAUUCCCGGAUGCUGCCGCUGGCACGGGAGAUCUUCCAGCUCUCCCAGCAUGAAACCCAGAAUUUUCCCUUCUGCAUCAUGUCUGUGAACAUCACCCGGAUCGUCAUCCAGGCGCUGCAGGAGGAGCGGCUCUCGCGGGAGUGCAACCGGCGGCAGCAGGUGAUCGGGGUGCUCAACGACCUCUACGCCGCCGCCUUCCUGCGCCUCUCGCGCCUCUGGGAGCAGCAGCACGGCACCGUGGCCAACGCUGGCUUCUUCCUCAAGGAGCUGGAAUUAUCCACCAAAAAGAAGCCAAGGCAGCUGCUGAAAUCCCUGGAAGCCUACCUGAGCCGUGGCCUUCGGCCUCCCUCCCCUCCCUCCUCCCAGAUCCACUUCACCAGCAUUUGUGACCCUGGGGUGGAGCUGGAGGGAGAUUCCUGACUGCUCUGA